GAAAAAGUUCCUGGCGAGGUCAAGUGGUAUAACAUGGAAAAGCGAUAUGGAUUCAUUCAGCGUGAGGAUGUAGACGAGGAUGUAUUUGUUCAUAGGUCAGGAAUACUCAAAUACAAAAACACUCCAUGUCUGUGGAAGGGGCUUAAGGUGGAAUUCUCUGUGGUUGAAACUUCCAAGGGUAUUAAGGCGGAAAGUGUGACAGGCCCAAAUGGCGAAGAGAUCGCACUCGCCCUCUUUGUAAUUCAGCGCAGGAGGGUCCGUCGAAGCAUUCGUAAUCAAGAAGAGGGCGGCGGUGAUGGAGAGUAUAGGAGGCAGCGCAGGGGGCCUGGACGCCCAAGACCUGGAAAUGAGGAAACUGAUGGGACAUUUUAUGAUCCGAUGGGUCCUUAUAGUCGUUCUCGCAACAGGCCGGACGAAAAUGGAGAUCAGGAAGAAGAAUUGCCUAAUAUUAGGGGCGGGCGCAGGGGUCGUGGUAGACCUAGAGGCGGUCGAGGUAUGCGAUCUUAUGGACAGGGAGGCGGUGAUAUCGACGAGCAGUAUGCAGAAGAGAAUUACCAAAAUGGAGAAAACAACGGCAUGGCACCUGGUCCCAGAAUUAGACAUCGUAGGCCACGAGUUCGUCGCAAUGAUCUUAAUAUUCAGGAAGGAGACAAUGCGUGCCCUGAGGGAACCGUAUUCAACAUUAACGGAAUAAACAAGUCUGAACGCAGGGGUAUUCCAAGGCGAAGAGGCAAUAGAGGUUAG